AUGCCUGUGCAAGCCAAACCCAUCCCACCUCUAUAUACCGUCUAUAUACUACGGUCCACAGUUCGUCACUCGUCUCUCUACAUCGGCAGCACUCCUCAUCCGCCUCGCCGGCUGAAGCAGCAUAAUGGCCAAGCCAAAGGGGGCGCUGCCCGGACGUCGCGCAAUACCUUGCGACCGUGGGAGAUGGUCGGUCUUGUGUCGGGCUUCCCUGGAUCAGUUGCGGCACUGAAGUUUGAGUGGGCCUUGACAAAUCCGCAUCUGUCUCUCCACAUACCUUCUGGCUCGCGCAUCACGAUCGCGACGCAGAAGAAGCGCAACGGCCAUGCGAAACGACCUCGGCACAGUCUGACCUCCAUCCUCUCAAAUCUGCACUUAUUGCUGCGAGUCCCCAGUUUUGCUAGGUGGCCCCUUACUCUUCACUUCUUUGCGCCAGAUGCGUAUAACGCAUGGAACAAAUGGUGCUCGACUGCCAGUGAGCCAUUGCGAAAGAGCUUAGAGGUUUUUCCUGACUUUGAGCCCGCCAGAGCUACCUUGAAUAACUCUGAGCCCACGAUGCAGCAAUCUCGGUCGUCCAAAGUUGAAACAGAAUCCUGGGGUAUCCACGCCCUUCCACUGGAUUAUACACCGCUGAAGGAGUACGUCACCAAGACCAAGUCUAUCUUCAAAUCCGAACGAGAAGGCAAUUGCAUUAUCUGCAAUGAAAAUCUGGCGCCCGGCGAGGGACUGUAUGCCGUCUGCUAUAACGAAGGCUGCGAAGGUGUCGGGCACGUGACCUGCUGGAGUCGACAUCUUCUGGGCAAGGAGCAAGGUGAACACGUAGUGCCGGUGUCUGGCCACUGCCCAAAGUGCCACGGCAAUCUGGUCUGGGGUGACAUGAUGAAGGAAAUGACUCUACGUCUGCGCGGACAAAAAGACGUCGCAAAGCUACUCAAGAAGCCCCGGAAGCGCAAGGCAGCAGAGUCCAGUGAUGAAGACUGA